CGAGCGGCUGCAGCCGGCGCUAGACGGCGUGCGGCCGCGGAGGGAGCGCGGCCCGGGAGAUGGGGCCCCCAGGCAACGCCACGGAGCCGGCCGUGGAGGCGGCGGAGCUGAGGGAGUCUGGACUGCCGCUGACGGACCAGGCACCCCCAGGCGCUGGCGAGGAGCCGGCGGACGCCGAGGCGGCGGGCGCCCCCGGCCGCGGCAGAUGCUGGCUCUGCCGGUCCUGGUCGUGCGCCUCGCGCGCGGAGCCCGAAGCCAAGAAGAAAGCACCCUGUCCUGGACUUGGCUUGUUUUACACAUUAUUGUCUGCCUUCCUUUUCUCAGUGGCCUCUUUAUUUGUUAAAAAAGUGCAAGACGUCCAUGCUGUAGAAAUUAGUGCAUUUCGAUGUGUGUUCCAAAUGCUAGUUAUUAUUCCUUGCUUAAUAUACAGAAAAACUGGGUUUAUAGGCCCAAAAGGUCAACGAAUUUUCCUCCUUCUCAGAGGAGUCCUUGGUUCUACUUCCAUGAUCCUUAUGUACUAUGCUUUCCAGACAACGUCCCUCGCAGACGCCACAGUUAUCGCGUUUAGCUGCCCAGUGUUUACAUCUCUAUUUGCUUGGAUAUUUCUCAAGGAAAAGUAUAGCCCUUGGGAUGCUUUAUUCACCUUGUUCACAAUCACUGGAGUGAUCCUUAUCGUGAGACCACCAUUUUUGUUUGGUUCCAACACUUCGGGGAUGGAAGAAAGCUAUUCAAUCCACCUUAAGGGGACAUUUGCGGCAAUUGGACAUGCCAUAUUGGCUGCAAUGACUCUAGUUAUCCUAAGAAAAAUGGGAAAAUCUGUGGACUACUUUCUGAGCAUUUGGUUUUAUGUUAUACUUGGCCUUCCUGAAAGCAUCAUCAUCCUCUUUGUACUAGGAGAAUGGAGUCUGCCUUACUGUGGGUUGGACAGGCUAUUUCUCAUACUCAUUGGGCUCUUAGGUUUGGGGGGUCAGAUAUUUAUCACGAAAGCACUUCAACUAGAAAAAGCAGGACCUGUAGCAUUAAUGAAGACAAUGGAUGUGGUCUUUGCUUUUAUCUUUCAGAUUAUUUUCUUUAAUGAUGUGCCUACCUGGUGGACAGUGGGUGGUGCCCUCUGUGUAGUAGCCAGUAGUACUGGAGCGGCCAUUCGUAAAUGGCUACAGAGUUCCAAAUGAAGGAUCAUUACUGAAAUCUAUAUUUUUUCAAGUACACCAUCACCCAGUUCAAUAUACCACGCACAUGGGCACACACAUGCCUAGAAAAUCCACAUUCAUUUUUUAUAUUGAAUAAAUCUCAUAAAUAAAGUACCAUUUUUGAAUAUGGUAUGUCUUUAAUUAGCUAAGAAUAACCAGCCUGUUUGGUUUAGCGAGUUUUUUUGGGUAGUUCUUGUCUUUGCUUUGGUUUGCCUUUGUGUUUGGGGUGGCAUAGGUGAAAGGAUGGUUCAGCUGAAGAAAAAAAUUAUGAUUCUAAUAUAUAUUUUAGAUAUUUUUGU